AUGGAGCUUCCGAUGGUCAAAGAGAAUUCCAGCGAGCUGAGGCAGAUUGCGGACGGCGCGUCCAAGCACAUGCGUGCCCUACAAGCGCUCCAGCGUCCGACGUCUCACUGGGACGAUAUUCUCAUAUUCAUUUUAAGCGCUAAACUCGACACAACCACUUUGCGAGAGUGGCAGUCUUCUUUAGACGGCACGGAGCUCCCGACUCUGAAGCAAUUCCUCGAGUUUAUAACACGCCGUUGUCAGAUUCUAGAAGCGACAGGCAGGUCUCUCGCUGUUUCUGCCAAAGGUAAUAAUUCGCGAAAUUCAUCACAGGCAAAGCGCCAGUCGGCAUGUGCAGCAACAAUUGGCUACAAAUGCACUUUUUGUCAAGGUGAUCACUCAAUUUAUAAAUGCAAGGAUUUUUUAGCUCUUUCAGUGCCUCGUAGAAGAUCGGAGAUUUGCGAACGUAAAGUUUGCAUUAAUUGCUUACGUUCUACAACACAUGUAGCUAGCAAAUGUCCUUCGGGUCAUUGUAAACAUUGCAAGGCAAAGCAUAAUACAUUGCUGCACAUGGCGACCGCCGCAACCUCGCAAGAUCAAGACAAGGAAAAUUGCGCGGAGCCGAUAUCAGUAACGUCUCAAGCUGCCUUAGCCUUGCACGCAUCUAGUCGUCGGGACGAUAAUCAUACUAUACUUUCGACUGCUAUUGUAUACGUUCAUGAUAACCACGGAAAGCAAAUCGAGUGCCGUGCAUUGUUAGAUUGCGGUUCACAAGCCAAUUUUGUUUCUAGAGGAUUCGUGACCAAGCUCGGCUUAAAGCCAAGGUCGACGAACGUAGUUAUCUCAGGGGUAGAUGGCGCAACCAUCAAGUCUAAUCAAAGCGUCCGUUUAAGGAUACAAUCUCGCUUAAAUUCAUAUUCGACAGAUAUCGAGUGUAUUAUGACCGAGCAAGUGACAAGUGCACUUCCGGCGUUCGAUCGCAACAUCUUUGACAUACCUCGCAACUUAGAGUUAGCUGACCCGCAUUUCUACGAAUCUUCUAAGGUCGAUUUAUUACUAGGUGUUGAUAUAUUCUGGGACCUAUUGUGCGUGGGACAAGUACAAUCCUCACCUAAACACCCAACGCUACAAAAAACGUGCUUAGGGUGGAUUUUAGCCGGUCAAAUCGAUUUUUCAAGGGGAGAUCCUAAGAAAAAUCAGGACGGUAGAUUUGUGGUAAAGCUUCCCAUCAAAGAGCAUAUAAUCGGCGAAUUGGGUAGUUCAAGAGAUAUCGCGUUUAAGCGUCUGCGAAAUAUUGAAAGGCGUUUUGAGCGCGAUCCUAGUCUGAAGCUACAAUAUACAGAAUUUAUGAACGAGUAUCUGGUUUCAAGACAUACGAAGGUGGCGAACGAGCAACUCGAGGAAGACUUCUACUUGCCGCAUCAUUGCGUUUUCAAGGGCUCUGAUCGGUCUUCUAAAAUCCGUGUAGUCUUCGACGCGUCGUGCAAGGUCACGUACGGUACUUCUUCCGCCUCUUAUUUGGCGACGAGAUGCCUCACAUAUUUGGCGGAGCUGCACGAGUCGACAUACCCAGUAGGAUCGAAAUGCGUCAAACAGGAUUUUUACAUGGACGAUAUGCUCACAGGAGCAGACACAAUUGCUGACGCCGAGGUUAUAAUACAGGAGGUUACACAACUAUUACUAUUAGGACGUUUCGAACUUAGUAAAUGGGCGUCAAAUUGCCCACAGCUGCUUACCAACGUAGGUGGUCAGAGGAUUAAUUCAACUAUCAUCAGUAGCGGCGCGCAUCCGCAUGUUUUAGGAGUUUUGUGGAACCAAGCUGAAGACAAGUUAGGGUUCUCGUACGAAACUGACGUAAAUCAUCACGCGGUAUCUAAGCGCUUAAUAUUGUCAGAUUCCGCUCGAUUGUUUGAUCCCUUAGGCUGUUCUUGGGAUGAAUCCGUACCGCAAGCUAUACAAUCACGAUGGCUCAGAUUCAAGUCACAGUUACCGGGAUUAAACGAUUUCCAGAUUCCUCGAUGCGUUAAGUUUGCGUCGGAUCAUCGACUCGUUCAAGUACACGGGUUUUGUGAUGCCAACCAGCGUGCCUAUGGGGCGUGCAUAUACAUUCGAAUAGAGGGCAUCAAUGAAUAUCGCUUGGAACUCCUUUGCUCGAAAUCUCGCAUCGCACCUCUCAAGACUAUAUCUCUUCCAAGGCUGGAAUUAUCCGCGGCGUUGUUAUUAGCUCAACUAUUAGAAAAGGUUAGAAACGCGUUUGACUUAUCGCGCAACGCUAUCUUCCUCUGGUCGGACUCGACGAUAGCCUUAAAUUGGUUGACAUCACCUUCUCGAAAGUGGUCGACCUUUGUGGCCAACCGAGUCGGCGAGAUACAAAGCCUGACAAAAACAGAAUGUUGGGGUCACAUUUCAUCCGCUGAUAACCCCGCGGACGUGUUGUCGCGCGGUACCGAUCCUUACGAAUUAAUGAACUCUUCAAUGUGGUGGCAAGGCCCGGCCUUCUCACGAUCUCCUCAGGAUCAGUGGCCUAGCGGAAAAUUCACUCAACUCAAAGACGACAUUCCGGAGGCGCGGGUAACCUCGGCGGUCGCGGUUUCCCUGGAACGCUCUGUAGUUGAUGAUUUAACGGACAAAUUUUCUAAUCUGAACAAACUCUGUCGCAUUCUAGCCUAUUGUUUCAGGGUCCGUAAAACACAUCGUCCGAGUCCGCCAACUAGCUUUGUCUCACGUAAUGAAAUUUCGCACGCCCUGAAUGCGGCAUGUAGGGUAGUACAAAGAACCUCGUUUUCUGAGGAAUACAAGGCAUUAAGCAAGGGCAAACCCAUUAGCACAUCUAAUAAAUUACUCUCGCUAUCGCCCUUUAUAGAUGAGAUUGGGCUAAUUCGCGUGGGGGGUAGGUUAAAGAAUUCCGAUCUACUUGAAGCACGACACCCGAUAUUGCUACCUCGCGAACACAAUUUAACAAAACGUGUGAUAAAUCAUGAACAUGUGCGUAACAUGCAUGCCGGCGCGCAAGCUACCAUGACCGCCGUCAGGCAACGCUUUCGGCCCCUUUCGUUGCGGUCAAGUACACGUAAGAUUCUGCAAAGCUGCAUAACAUGCUUCAGAGUCAAACCAAUUCGAUCAGAAGCAAUGAUGGGUUCCUUGCCGGCCAGCCGUGUCACGAUGUCGAGACCAUUUUCGCACUGUGGUGUGGACUACGCUGGUCCGAUUAUAAUAAAAGAGGGCAAACGACGAAAUGCCCGUAAGACAUACAUCUCUAUCUUUGUGUGCUUUGCCACCAAGGCUGUCCAUAUCGAGCUGGUGAGCGAUCUCACUUCGGACGCGUUUCUUGGUGCGCUUCGGCGUUUUAUCUCCCGAAGAGGUAAGCCAACAUGUAUGUAUUCUGACAAUGGAUCUACUUUUACAGGAGCUCAUAACCAGAUCAAAGAGAUUCGAGACUUCCUCAACUCUCAGCAAGUGCAGGCAGACGUAAGACAAUUCCUUUGCGAGCAAGAAACUACAUGGAGCUUCAUUCCACCUAACGCGCCUCACUUCGGAGGAUUGUGGGAAGCGGCUGUGAAAGCGGCCAAGUAUCACAUGUCGCGUAUCGUUGGCAGGGCCCAUUUAACAUUUGAAGAACUGCAGACAGUACUUGCUGAGAUUGAAGCAAUCUUGAAUUCACGUCCGCUUACGCAAAUAAGUAGCGACGCCAACGACUUUUCUUGUCUCACUCCAGGGCAUUUUCUGGUCGGAACGGCUAUGAAUAGCCUCCCUUGCCGAGAUUUAGGCGACGUGAACGAGAAUUGA